AUGAUUACAGUGGCAUUUUCAAAUUCAAAAAAAAGUUGUUUUUUUAUCACAAUUUUAGAGUGUAUUGUUGACUAUAAUGGUUUUUCACAAUUUAUUAUUGGUAUCCAUAAUGAAAAUGAUUUAGUCGUUUUUGAUAAAUUUGAUAAAACUUAUGGCGAUAAAGUUGAUUAUUGGCAUAAAACAAAAAUAAUUGGUAAAAAUAUUGUUUUAUUGAGUAGUCCAAAGUUUAAAAUUGGUAUUGAAGAAUUGUUGAAAUUUUUGAAAUUAGAUUUUAAAAUUAUUACAAAAAAUUGGAAUGAUCCGUUAAUGCAAAAGAAUAAAAAAAGUAAACGACAUGUCAGAGGAAACAAAAUAAAUUUAGAAGUAUUUCAUUCUUAUAAUGAUUCUAUUCAUUACUUUGAAUAUCUUGAAAGUAAAUAUAAAGAUAUUGUAGAAAUUAAUGAUUUAGGAAUAACAUCAAAUGGUAGAAUAAUUAAAUAUAUUACAAUUGGAUAUAAAACAGAUAAAAAAAAGCCUAUUGUUAUUAUUGAAUCUGGUGCUCAUGGACGUGAAUGGAUUACACAAAGUUCUAUUCUUAUUUUUAUUGAUAAUUUAAUUAAAAAUAGAAAUUUAUAUAACAAAUUAUUUAAAAAAUUAAAUAUUAUUAUUAUUCCAUCUCUCAAUCCUGAUGGUUAUGAAUAUUCAAGAGAAAAAGAUAGAAUGUGGAGAGGAAAUAGAAAUAUUAAAAGUAAUAAUUGUGGAGUUGAUAUUAACAGAAAUUUUGAUUUUAAAUGGAAAAAAGAUUAUGAAGUAUGUGAAACAUAUUCCGGAGAAAAACCAAAUUCAGAAAAUGAAACUCUUGGAUUUGUAAACCUUGUUAAAAAUAAUAUUAAUUAUAUUAAAGGAUAUUUAUCACUACAUUCUUAUGGUCGUUAUAUAAUAUAUCCAUGGAGUUAUGAAAAAAAAACAUAUACAAAAGAACAUGAUGAAAUUGUUAUGUUAGCUAAAAAAAUGAUAUUUGAUAUUAAAAAAGAAACUAAUGCAUCAUAUAUUCAUGGAACUGCAGCUGAUAUACUUUAUAAUAGUUAUGGUUGUGCUUUGGAUUACAUGAAAAGUUUAGGAGUAAAAUAUACAUAUGCACUUGAAAUAGCUCCAAGUGAUGGACUAUAUAAUGGAUUUAUUGUUUCAGAAGAUUUAAUUCUUCCAGCUUCAAAAGAAUUUGAAGUUGCAGCAGUUAAGUUUCUAAAUCAGAUUUAUGAAGAAUUUUAA